GAGGCCCCGGUGCACGCUCCCGGGGCAAGCUCCGGGUUCCGGUCGCGCCCGGGCCGAACCGCGGGGUAUGAGCCGCGCGGGCCGCCGUAGUCAGCUGCCGCGAGCAGGAAGUGUCCGAAGGCGGGCGGAGACUGCACGAUGGCCCCGGACCCCUGGUUCUCCACAUACGAUUCUACCUGCCAAAUUGCACAAGAGAUUGCCGAGAAAAUCCAACAGCAGAAUCAGUAUGAAAGAAAUGGUGAAAAUACAAUCAAGCUUACCGUGACAAUCAGAACUUUGUUGCAGAAUCUCAAGGAUAAGAUCGCCCUUUUGAAGGACUUGCUGCUAAGAGCUGUGUCUACACGUCAGAUAACACAGCUUGAAGGAGACCGAAGACAGAACCUGCUGGAUGAACUUGUAACUCGAGAGAGACUGCUUGUGGCCUCCUUUAAGAACGAGGGUGCAGAACCGGAUCUUAUCAGGUCCAGCCUGAUGACUGGAGGGGCUAAGCGAGGAGUCCCCAACCCUUGGCUCUUUGAGGAGCCGGAGGAGACCAGAGGUUUGGGUUUUGAUGAAAUCCGGCAACAGCAGCAGAAAAUUAUCCAAGAACAGGACGCAGGCCUGGAUGCCCUGUCCUCUAUCAUAAGUCGCCAGAAACAGAUGGGGAAGGAAAUCGGGAAUGAACUAGAUGAACAAAAUGGGACAGCCAGCGAGAGAGGGAACACAAGCAGGGGGAGUGGGAGAGGAAGAAGCAGGCGCCCAGCGGAGGAGCCUGAUGUGGGACUCGAUCCCGGAACGCCGGGAUCACGCCCUGAGCCGAAGGCAGAUGUUAAUGACUGCGCCACCCAGGCGCCCCAUCUUGUCCGCAUCCUGACGUGACCUCCCACGUGUCCGCUUCCUCUGCCAGCUUCUGCAGGAGGCAUGUGAAAUCUGCUUCCGUGUUUGUGACUUUAGCAGUUUUUCCAUGUGAUUGGGUUUUGUUUUUUUUUUUUUAUACCUUUCAAGGAACGGCUUUUAGGCACAUAUGUGCACAGGGUUAUUUUAUUUUGUUUUGGUGGCUGUAUCUUUUUGUCACUAGGGAAAGAUCUGCCUUUAUGGCUAAUGUGUUUGCCCUUCUGGGAUCAAUAUCACUCCCUAGGCUUUCAUUUGGUUAGUGUUUGCCUAAUAUAGCGAUUCUCACACUUUGUGGUCUGAGGACCACUGUGAAUUCUGCAAAAUUGUUGAGACCUCCUGAGAGCUUUGGUUUACGUGGGUUAUCUCUAUCAAUACUAACUGCAUUUGAAACAAAAAGCAGGCAUUUUAUUUUAUUUUAUUUAUUUUUUUGUGAAAAGCAGGCAUUUUAAAAACAUUUAUGAGUUCUUUUAAGAAACAAUAACACACCAUUACGUGUUAACAUAAAUAACUUGAUUUUAAUGAACAGUAACCCCAAACAUCAGCUUCAACGAGGAAAUGCUUAUGAUAUUUUUUUAUCUUUCAGUGUUUGUCCAUUGUAGGUCAUUGGUGGGCAUAGUUAAUUGAGAUCCCUGGCUGAUGCAAUAGCCACCAUUUCAAAUAUAGGGUGAUACUGUGUCAGAGAUAAGAGAGCUCUCCAGGGACUUGUUCCUGCGAUGAAAUGCUCUGGCCCAGAAGCGACUGGUCAGCCUCUUUCACAGCUCAUUGGUCAGAGCUAAUCAUGUGCCCCUACCCAGCUGUCCGGAGGUGUAAUCCUACCAAUAUGUCUAGUUGGGUGAUGGAGGGGACAGAAAGUACUGGUUGAACGGCACAUAGGGGUAUCAUGGGAGCAGUAUUUGGCAGUUAAGAGCCAAACUGCCUCUGAUCCUUAACUAGCUGCAUGACCUUGGGCAAGUAAGUUACUUCUUCUCGCCUAAGCUUCUCAUCUGUAAAAUGGGGUUUUAGUGCCUAUUUCAGAGUGUUAGAAUAGCGCCUCACACAUUGUAACUGGUGUAAAAGUGUUUUCUGUUAUUAACUGUGUUUGCUCACAGUACAGACUUCCAGGUCAAAAUGGUAGGCUGAGCUGAUGGGGGAGCCAUCCCAUCCCACUUCCUCUUCCAAACACAUGGAAAUGUAAGAUGAAACAUUUUUUUAAGUUGUUUUGUAAUUCUUAGCUGACCUCAAAAGCAAGAAAGGGAGUCCUCCAGGUGUCAGAAAAGAAGGCAGUUACCUCUCUCGGUGAGUGGAACCAAAGACUCGUGGCCCUCAGAGCCAAACCAGAUGUGUCCCUUGGGGAUUUGUGCAUAAACACCCGUGUGGGGAUGGGAGUUGAGGCUGUGGGCCCUGUGCCCUGUGAGGGGCUGCAAGUGGGUCCUCUGUGUAAAGGCAGGAGCUGGGAAAUGACACUUUUAUGGGAAAGCUAAUGUCCCCUACCCCCACCCAAGAAUGAGAUGCUCAGUUAGGCCACCCACCUCGGGCCACAGCCACCCUUAUAUUUUUAACAUGCAUACCUAAGUUUACAUUUUUCUAAGAAAGCCUAAAGCAAAUAAAUAUCUCAGAAUAAAUCAACUUUAGAAUGCUUAAACUUUCCUUCAAACUCCUCAUCUUUCAUGCUGUUUUCAACGGAAGCCCCCCCCGCCCCGCUUUUUUCCCUACAGUCAGUAUUUUAUUCAGAUUUACCAGCAUAGUUUACCGGUUUCUGUUAUAAUUCUUGUACUCAUUCUAUUACUCCAGCUCUCCUGGUUGAUUUUUUUUUUUUUGAGAACUAUACUUUUAAAACACCAAUACACUUUAAAUGCUCGCAGUAGUUUUUUUUCCACAGAAGUAUGUUUUGUUUGUUUGUUUUUAAAGAGAGAGAGAGAGAGAGAGAGGAAGGGCAGGGGCAGAGGGAGAGAGAAAGAAUCUCUAGUCGGCUCCAUGUCCUAUGUGGAGCCCCCUGGGGGGCUCACUCUCAUGACCCUGAGAUCAUGACCUGAGCCAAAACCAAGAAUCAGACGUUUAACUGACUGAGCCACUCAGGUGCCCCCAAAAGUAUGUUUUUAAGGUUGAAAAUCUAUUAAACCUUUGAGUGGUACUAGUUAGAACAUAAAAUUUCUCCUUUUGCUCUUCAUGUUAUAUCUGUUUGCUCUGCGUGAGUUUUGGUUUAUUCAUCUCAGUCUUUGCCUUUUGUGCUGUUUUGGGCUGAACUGCGUCCCCUUCAAAAUUCAUGUGUGGAAGUCCUAACUCCCAGAACCUGGGAAUGCGAACGUGUUUGGAACUCGUGUCUUUAAAGAGAUGAUUCAGCUGAAAUGGAGUCAUUAGGGGGGACCCUCAUCCAUUACGAUCGAUGUCCUUAUAUGAAGAGAUGAGGACACAAACACAUGCUGAGGGAAGACCAUGUGAGGAUGCAGGGAGAAGGGGGCCAUCUGCAAAGCACAGAGAGACGGCCUCAGAAGAAAACGGCCCUGCCCACACCUUGAUCUCCUGCAGAAUUGUGAGAAAAUAAGUUUCUGUUGUUUAAAACGCCCAUUCUUGCUACUUUGUUGUGGCCACCCUAGCGGACCGAUUACCGUGGCAUGAAAUUCUUUAUUGACUUCAUAUUUAUGAGUCAGAGACCUUUAUCAGUGAGUAUGGGUAGCUAACAUAGGCUUUCUUCAGGUGUGUUUAUUUACCUGAAAAUCUUUCUUGAAUGGGAGGAUUGGCUGCGUACUGUGUUUCAAUGGGCAGGGGGUACCAGUAGGCAGAUGUGGUUAGGUAGAAGAGAUUCAGGACCCUUCCCUGUAACCCUCAUCUCAGAAUUAACUAAGGUAAGGAGAACUUUAACCUUCAGGUGACAUCUUUUAUAUAUUUCAUUUCUUUUUCCCCCUCUGUCUAUUCUAGAGGCUCUUUGACUUGUUCACUAGCCUGGCCACCAACACCAUGGGCACUCGCCAGGCAACUCUUCCCCUCUAGAGAGAGCUGUUCUGGGGGCUCCAGCUGGGACCUAAUACUGCAGACUUUAGUCUACACAGUACAGGCCCAGGAGCCAACUGGCUCAGCUUUUCUGUAGACAGUUCUCCACUCAGAUGCCCUGAUUCCUGCCUGACAGCCACUUCUUUGUAGGCCAUUUUUUGGCUCCCAAUAGCCAUUGACUCACUCCAAGCUUGGAGGCUCUCCAGAGUUCUAUCAGGAAGAAAGGGCUCCUAUCUGUGGUUCUGAUGAUGUAUUUCAGGUUCCAAUUUUGGUUGACUUGUCAAUACAGUCCCAACUAUCUUCUUUUUAGAAGAAAGCCUUUACAAUGACUUAUUCACUGAUAGCGCUCUAUGUUUUCAGCGCAACCAUGGAUUUAUUCUUCCAGAAAAUAUUUUUACUGGCAUUGCAUUGUGCUUUUGGGAAGAAAGGGGGCAGCAUGUAUAUUUACUCUACUGUCCUGAGCUCAGAGUCUCUUUUAUAGUUUUUUAUGAGGUCACAGUAUCUAUAGAAAUUGUUUUGCUGAAACAGAGAGUGUUCUGGAAGCUUCAAUUAAACACAUUUUUAAUAAGGUCUGUGAAAGUUGUUUUCUAGGGCUUCUGUGAUUUGAGUGAUACCUUCAAGUUAUCACUGAUGUGUUUAUAGAUAUAUUUUCGUAAAGCUACGACGAUUAGAUAUAUCGAAGAAGGUGAUUAUUUUCCAUUCACUUAUGGUAUUAAACACUGGUAAAUGUAAAAUCAGUUCUUUAUCAGAACAUUCAUUAAAAAGAAAAAAAAAGAGGAUUAAGGCACCUGGGUGGCUUAGUUGGUUAAGCAUCCAACUCUUGAUUUCGGGUCAGGUCAUGAUCUCGGUGGUGAGAUUUAGCCCCGUGUCCUCCUCUGCACUGAGCACGGAGUCUGCUGGAGAUUCUCUCUCUCCCUCUCCCUCUGCCACUUCCUCCCCCUCCCUCUCUAAAAGAAAAAAAAUCAUUACUCAUCUCCAGGGACUAGUUUAUAGUAAUGGGGUCUGGUGGGGGGGAGAGAGAGAGAGAAUGACUUAUCAAGAGCAAGUGUUGUUCCAGCCGUAACUGUCUGACACCAGCUGGGUGUCCAAUAAUUUCAUUCAGUGUUGACACUAUUUACCUGGAGAUAAUGUCACACUCCACAGGUUUAAGGGCUCAGUCCCACAACAGCCCUCGCCUUAGAUCUCAGCCUCAAGUCCUGAGUGUCCUCAAGUACUUCUGCCCCACUGGCUGCAAACACAGAGUUCCCACGACACCCCUUUGGGAUUCAGUAGUUUGCUGGCCCCAUUCACAAAACUCAGGAAACGCUAUACGCACGAUCACAGUUUUGUUUUAUAAAGGAUACAACUCAGGAAAGCCAAAUGGAGGAGGUACGGAGGGCAAGGUCUUGGAGUGGAGGUGCCCACAGAGCUUCCAUGUGCCUUCUCCAGGCACAUCACCCUCCUGGCACAUCACCGUGUUCCCCGACCCAGAAGUUCCCCAAGCCCCAUCGUUGGAGAGUUUUUAUCGAGGCUUCGUUACAUAGGUAUGGUCGAUGAAAUCUUUGGUCACACAAGGAACCCAGAUUCUUUGAACUUGCUGACUCUGCAAAAAAAGGAUACCAGAGGCUCCCAUGCGUGCUAUUUAUCAACCAGCUUUAACUCUGAUGAUGACCUGAGUCGGAAUGACCUCGGGCCCCAAGCACUUAUGUGCCCAUCUGGUCUCGGGCCUCCUUUAUCCCUUUCUUCUCGGCCCACAUCUUGGUCUCCACUCUGGCCAUGAAGCUAGUCUGGAAGGCCAUCUAAUGAGAGAGAGGCAAGGAUUUUCCAAAGGAAGAAUCUGUGGAAACAGAUGUCAAGGAAAGGGGCAUUUAUCCUCCGGCCGUAGGAUCGCCGGCAUAGGUGAUUCAUCAGGCUUCCUCCCUCCCCGGGCUUCACCACAGUUCCUGUUUGACUUCCAAGAGGGAGGCUGUGAGGCCAACUGAGCUGGAGCUGAGGCAGCUGAGCUGGAGGAUGGAUGAGAGAAAAGCAAGCCAAAACGAGAGACCAAAGAGAAUCUCAGAAGAAAGGCCAAAGCAAUCACAGAUGGAAAGAGGUCACCCUGGAAACUCUCCCAUCCUCCCACAUGGGCCCAAUGAUAAUACUGUUCCCCUUCCUUGGUGGCUUGGCAGGAAGGGGAAACCUGGAGCUCUCCUUGGAGGCUAUGGUGGGGGUCCCCAGGACCACUCCAGAACCAGCGAUUUGCUGGAAGGACUCAGCAUAUAUGUGCCUACUCACUAAUGUUUGUUUGUAACCCUCAAAUCAGUAGUCACGUUGCUUUUGCAAUUACUCACAGACAUGUGUGAAGAGGUGAAGACUUGGAGUCAUCCAUUGCACACCUUCUCGGCCAAGGGCAAAUGAGGCUAUGCUCUGCCUUUUUAUUUUUGCUCUUACACAGAGAUGAGCAGAGGAUGGAGAACCCAGCUCUGGGGCCAAGUGGACGGGGUUGGAACCUCAAGUCUGAGCUGCAUUCGGUGGGAGGGGCAUCAGGGAAGUCAUUUAACUCUUCUGAACUUUUUGUUUUGAUUUGUUUUGUUUUUGAAAAAUAAAAUAGAAUCUACCAGGAUGAGUUUUUUUUAGGAUUUAAGAUAUAAUCUUUGUGAGAUUAGACACACACAUAGAGGUUUCCCUCCCUAUCCUACAGUAGAGCAUUCCUGUGAAAUCUUUCAUAAGCCCAGAUGGCAUAAAGCAAAGAAGCAAUUAUCAUUAAUUUACAUGGAAAAAUUUUGAGCAUUCCCACACCCAAAAAAUAACCUCUCUCAGGCUUUUCUGAUAUCUUAAGACACAUCUUGCUAACAGAUGCACAAAAUAAAUCAAGAUAAAGCCCAGAUGGUCACCGACACAGGUCAGAAGUAUGGCAGCUUGAUGCUGAGAUGCUGAGUGUAGUGACUGGGGAAGGAACAUGGCGGCAUCCCUCGCGAUACUUGGGGUGUGUGCUCCUUCUGUAAUAGGUCACUGCAAAACAAACGCUGAGUGCUGUUUUUGCUUUUUUGGUAAAAGGGGGAAAAUCUUCUUUCGAUUUCUUUUGGUUAGCAAAAACAGGUCCUAAUGUAGUAGGCCUUUUGUAAAGGUGGAAUGGCAUACUGCGAACUUUGGGAAAGUGGGGGAUGUUUGUAUAAUGUACACGCGCACACAUUUCCUUUAGGAACAGUGCUUCAGUAUUUGCUAAUUCAGCGUUCUUGAUGACUUAUAAGACUACCACGAGUAACGAAUUGAGUCUGAUUAUGCUCACAGUUAUGAUUUAUUACAGUGAAAAAAUACAAAACAAGGGAGAGCAGGCGUGAGCUUCUAAUGGGCCCCGUGCAGUGACGUCACCCACCUUGAACAGCCCAACAAUGAGUUGUGACAGCACCUGUGAAGUGUUGCCAACCAGAAAGCUCAUUAGAAACUCAGGGCCCAGGGUAUUUUGAGGGUGUUGGUCACAAAGGCCCUCUCUGCCUGGCAUGGUCCCCACUUUCAGCCUCCCAGAAGGAAAGCAGGUGUUCCGCAUAAACUGUAUUAUUUAUAUAGUUUAGGAACGGUGAUGACCACUCUUAUCAGUUAAUGGUGGGAACCUUCUGAAAAUCCAACUUCCCAAACGCUAGCCAAGAGCCAAUUUUGUAAGUAGGCCUUCCUGAGAAAAGCACUUAGGCCUGCUGUGCCUACUCUUUUUUUUUUUUUCUUUCUUAUUUUUUUGCAGAGAGGCCUACACCAAGUACGAUUUAUUUAUCACACUUGGGUCUGUCUGUGAUCGGAGGGUUUGUGGAAGAGUGAGGGAGGUGGGCGUGUGUUCUUGAGAAGGCAGGGGCAGAGAAAGAAGGUGCAGGCUACUGAAGACAAACGGGAGCCCUUCCCAGUGUCUUCUGGAAUAGUGGGGGCUCAGUUCCAUCCCUGGCGGCCUUCCGCUGAGUCCGGCGUCGUCUUCAGGAGUGUCAGAGAAUGGGCUGUCCUCAGUGGAAGUUGUUGAGCCUCUAGGGUGGGGAAAGGGAUGGAAGAACUUUGUUAACAAAACCAAAGCCAGCAGGAAGGAAGUGGUCUGAUUAGAACCAAGUGCCCAGGCGGGGAAAGACAGCAUAAGAGAGGAACGGAAGGGCUGAGCAGCAGUUUGAAUUGACUUAGAAUCCAUAAAGGAGCUUGAGCAGGAAGGUGGUGCGGUCUUGACCGUUUAUUUUGGGGAGAGACAUGAUGUUCCCUUUCCAUAAGGACAGUCCUGCCAGGAGAGGGAAAUCUUGGAGAAAACAUUUCAAGUGCACUGAUAAAGACCUUUAAUUGUAUUUCUAUUAUUACUAAAAUUGUUAUUGCCGUUUUAAGCGGUAGUGUAGGAACUGGAUUGAUACCAAAGAUAAAAUCGUUCUGUCAGCCAAUUUGGUUAGUGUGAAAUCCAUAAACACAGGUUAGUUGUAUUAAAGAAUUAACAGCUAAUUGUUUAGAGUAUGUUUAUAACCAUCCUUUGGAACAUACGGAGUAGGUGUACCUACGAAUAAGGGAACUUAAGGAGAUCCCGGUGUAUGGCUGCACCCCUUGGGGUCGUUUGGGUAAGAUAAUUUGAGGCUCUGUAUAUAGAAGUGACCCUUUGCGGGUUGGGGGGUGCCUGGGUGGCUCCGUCAGUUGAGUGUCCCACUCUUGGUUUCGGCUUAGGUCAUGAUCUCAGGGUUGUGCGAUUGAGCCCUGCUUUAGGCUCCACGCUGAGCGUGGAGUCUGCUUGAGAUUCUCUCUCUCCAUGUCCCUCUGCCCCUCCCCCUGCUCACAGUCUCCAUCUAAAAGAAAGGAAACGGAAGUGACCCUUAGGAUUCACUCCUAACUGAUGUUGGAUUUGUGCUACUGCACUCAUUCCGAGCUUGGCCAGUCUCCAGGCAUGGAAGUAUGGUGAGUACUCACUAUUUUCAGUCAAGGAGCCUAAGAGUAGCCAUUUUUGUUUCGCUUUGUUUUCGAAAUAAUACUUUCUCUCGUACUUGUUUUUCCCAGAAAUGGGUAGAGGAUCUAGAAAGAAGUCAGUCGUUGGCGUUCUAUGGGAGAUGUGUUUCUGGUGGGCUCAUGAGGGAUCGGGCUGGAAGUAGUGGUUUGGGGUGUAAAUUAGUGAGUUUUUCAUCUUCUGUGUACUUAUGUACAUGGAACCUAACACUGCUCUAGUCAGGCCUCAGUUUCCCGUGUGAGGGAAGAGGGAAAGACACGGAGUGCAUGCAUGUGUGUGUGUCUGAGAGACCGAGAGAGGAGAGGCGGACAGGUGGGGGUUUACGCUUGGAUUUGGAGUGGAAUAUGUCUGAUAGUCUAGGAGUGCACAGUACAUCAAAGUACUGGGUCCCAUACUACUCUCCUUCCUCCAAGGGCGUUUGUGGCCUGACCGGGUAACUCCAAGCUUGCCUCCCUAAGAGUUCUGUUGUGCUCCUUCAUCUGAUUGGAAUAAUGCAAAAGACCAACCCAGGCCGACUGCCUCGUCCUUUUCUAGGCUGACUCCUGAAGCUCUGUGGAGUAUGGGUCGCACAGAGGAUCACGAGUGCCAAGAGAAGUAGGAAAACUCUGUUUCAGCCCCCUUGCUUAACUUGUGCUGCUUAGCCUUGAAAAUCAAACGUCCUUUUCUUAUCCAGAAAGGCAUCGAGUCACACGUUGGGUUCUCUUGGGGGAAGACUCAGGAGGGUGUUUUAAUUUUUUCGAAGUUUUAUUUAUUGAUGUUUUGCUCUUU